GAGGAGUUCCCGGAACCGCUCGGAUAUCUACAUUUCUAGAAUAUCCACAUUUCCAUUUCUGUGCCUGAGUUCUGAUUCAUCAUGGAUAAUCUGUCAUCAGAAGAAAUUCAGCUGAGGGCUAACCAAGUUACUGAUGAGUCUCUGGAAAGCACAAGGAGAAUCCUGAGUUUAGCCAUUGAGUCUCAAGAUGCAGGAAUUAAGACCAUAAAUAUGCUGGAUGAACAAGGGGAACAAUUAAACCGCAUAGAAGAAGGCAUGGACCAAAUAAAUAAAGACAUGAGAGAGGCAGAGAAGACCUUAACAGAACUCAACAAGUGCUGUGGCCUUUGUGUCUGCCCAUGUAAUAGGACGAAGAAUUUUGAAUCUGGUAAAUCCUAUAAGGCAACAUGGGGAGAUGGUGGAGACAACUCAACUAGCAAUGUAGUAUCUAAACAACCAGGCCGAGUAACAAAUGGUCAACCUCAGCAAACCACAGGAGCAGCCAGUGGUGGAUACAUUAAGCGUAUCACUAAUGAUGCCAGAGAAGAUGAGAUGGAAGACAACCUGAAUCAAGUGGGCAGUAUCUUGGGAAAUCUAAAGAACAUGGCCCUGGACAUGGGCAAUGAAAUUGACACUCAAAAUCGACAAAUAGACCGGAUCACAGAAAAGGCUGAUACCAACAAAGAUCGCAUUGACAUUGCCAAUACCAGAGCAAAGAAACUCAUUGACAGCUAAAGCUGCUGCUGUACUUCUUUAUCAUUCACUCACUUCUCCAGCUCCUCUUCCUAAGGCCUCACCUUUGCAGUGUUCGGAAUUUUGCUCUCACAUUCUUCUAAUUGGAGAUGGUGUGGAAGAAGGGUCUGAGGAGUAACUGCCUCCCUACUCUGUUAUUUUCUCUGUUGCUUUUGAGGGUAGAUUGAUUCUCAGCCUUUGAGUAUUUUCUUUCUCAGUUCAUGUUCUUAGAUUGGUUUCCAUACCCCGCACUUAAUUCUGCAGGUUCUUUCACUUUCAAGAUGUGAAAGCAUUGCCAAAGACAGCCAUGAAGGCAGCUGUAGAGAUAUUUUUUGUUCUAUGGGUUUUUUGUUUUUUGUUUUUUUUGGUUUGGUUUUUGGUUCUGUGGUCGGUGAAAGAGGCAAGGGGGAGGGGCCAGAGAUAAAGUGGUUACCUCACCAAAACACACAGGCCACAAAAAAAAGAUGCAUAGCCACAGUAAAGAUCUAGCUGGGUUUAACGUUCAACUUAAGUUGCUGUUUUUGCCAAUUGAGGCUAAUAUACUUGGCUGUGGAGCUUUUAUACUAAAUAUUUUUGUUGUUCAUCAAUAUUGUGCAACUAUUGCUCCAAAGAGGAUAGAAGGAGUUCUGUUAAAGUGAGUUUAGUUUGUGGAUUCUUAGUGAUUCAUGUAUGUUAUGUACAUAGAUUCUGUGACCCCAUUUCACAUUGCACAUUCAGGAACACUUUGUACAAAUGAGUAGCUUUUUAUUUUCAUAUUGUUGAUAUUAUCAUGAUCUCAUUACAGGCCUGUUAACCUCAUAUAUUUGUCAUUAGUCCUUGAAGAAAAAAAAUAGUAAAUAUAUAUGUGUGUAACAUGAGAAUUUCUAAAGCAGGUCUGAAAAUUUUUUUGGAAAAAUUUGACAAAGUAUAUCACGUGAAUUCAGAUUUACCUCAAUGCUAAGGAUUAUGUUUAGAUAGGGAAAAUUUAUUUUGAUCUCAGGUAGAUAAAUAGAUUGCUUUGGGUUGUGUGUAGCUUUAGACAUUUAAAAAGAAUUUAUAUUGUCUUACUAAAAGUGGUUUGGAAAAUUA